GGUCCAGUUCAUGAAGAGGUGACAGCAAAUCGCAGGAUGCAGACAUUUUGAUGCAUCUAUCCAUAAAUGGGAGAUACCCAUCCGAAAAGAGGCAAGUGUGAUUCGUGGCGGCUUCCUCCGUAUUCAUCCUGCUUCACAAGCUUCACAACUAUCUCAGCUUCUAGAUAUGCACAAUAUUACUCUGCCGAGUCGUAUCGAUGUUGGUGAUCCAGGCAAUAUUGAGAGCUCAGGUACCCGCCCAAACCGCAGGGCGCAAUUGGGAGCAAUCAGGCGGAGAUCUGCCAAAGUCCAGGUGUAUAUUCCUGGGAACUGCCUUGGCAAUUUACAAUCUGCACGUUUCCUCCGCUCGGUUUGACGGUUGACAUGCCGGGCGAUAGAGCUCAUUAUUUGCGAUCUACGCAUCUGGAAGACGGGAUGAUUCCCUCGGUGAAGCCUUCGGUGAAGAACAACGGCAUAUCACGCUAGACGAUUCCCCCUGUCACUUGUGGAUGACAGGUCCACUGGACAUCGGAAGACUAUCUAUUUCACUGAGGAACCGCCACACCCGAUAUAAGUAUGUAAAUGGCAAAAUCAUAGUGAUCAUUCCAUUGUCUACCAGCCUGACACCAUGCCCACCAUCCUCGACAAAGUCGGCGGCGUCAUCAACGAGAUUGAGGGAGGCACGUAUCCUCUCUGGAUAUGGGCCCCCGUUGCGGUACUUGGCCUCAUCGUCCUGAGAUGGCUCACUCGUCCCGAACCUUACAAGGGUGUACCCGAACCCCCUUGCCCAAGUAAACUAUGGGGUCAUUUCCAGUCGGCGCAUGUUACCCCGGCAGGAAGACACUGGGGCAGAUAUUUCGACGUUUAUGGUCCAUCGAUCAAGGUUAAUGCUCCCCUUGGUGCUGGAAAAAUGCUUGUUACAGCGGACCCGGCUACCAUUCACCAUGUUUUGACGACAAACUGCUACUCAUACACCAAAUCCACCUUUACUCGUCCCUUCGUAAAACGUCUAAUCGGUGAAGGACUAGUGUGGUCGGAAGGUGAUAUGCAUAAACUUCAGCGCAAACAGCUUGUUCCAGCGUUCUCACAAGAAGCAGUUAACCUCAUGGGCCCUAUUAUCCGGGAUGUCGUUGAGAGGUGUUCGGAUAAGGUUGGCCAACUUAUGGAUCAGGGCAAUGGUAUCGUCGAUAUUCACGACAUCGUCUCGAAAACGACUCUCGAUGUUUUCGGUCGCGUCGCGCUUAACCUGGACUUCGACUGCAUUGAGGACGGGUCUCCAGAGAUCAGGCGCAAAUGGAGGGCUCAGAGCAAUACUAUCAUCAAGCCUGACGGUUUCAAACACAUCGCUGUGCUACGUGCCUUCCCAUGGAUUGCCAAUCUUCCUGUACCUGUCAUCCAAGCACAGGGAGACGUGAAGGCCGUCGUUGAACCUCUAGCUGGGGAUAUUAUCGAGACCGCCAGGCGCAAUGCCAAUGCAUCUUCGAUCAAGGGCAAUGACUUGCUUUCUAUGCUUCUACGAACCGGUGAGAUGACUGGUAACCGUUUGAGGGAUAACAUUUCGACCUUCAUCGUUGCCGGCUUUGACAGUACCUCCGCCUCUGCUACUUGGUGUCUAUAUGCCUUGGCUCGUAAUCAACGUGUACAAAACAAGCUCCGGGAAGAGCUUCUUGCUUUCGGCCGUGAACCAACUGAGAAGGACCUUGCUUCCAUGGCCGCAUUCCCUUACUUCGACGCUGUGAUCAAAGAAACCCUGAGGAUGUACCCUGUCACUGAUGCAGAGCGAGUUGCUUUGGAAGACGAUGUCGUACCUCUCAAGUUCCCUAUCACCAAGCCAGAUGGUUCCAAAAUUACUGAGCUGCACAUUCGCAAGGGCGACUCCAUGGUCAUUCCAUUUAUCUGCUCCAAUCGUUUGAACUUGGUCUGGGGUGAUGGCGAUAACUUCCGUCCGGAACGCUGGUUGGAUGAGAAGACGAUGCCUCCCAAGGAUCAGCUCACCCAGGGAUGGUCAAAUCUUGUCACCUUCAGUGAGGGUCCUCGACUUUGCAUUGGUGUCCGACUUGGUACGAUUACAUAUUCUUGCGCCUUAACUCAUUCUGACAAACGAGUUUUCUUUUGUAGCCCUUUUGGAGAUGAAAGUAUGUUACCCCUUCAACUUAACUGUACGAUGUUCGCUAACCAGUCGUUGUGUAGAUCAUUCUUUUCACGCUCCUUCGCAACUACACGUUCAGUCUUACAUCGGACAAGUUUGAGGUCAACGGCUACUUCUUCGCUUCUCUCAUCCCUGUCGUGAAGGGUCACGAGGAGAAGGGUGCUUACAUGCCUUUGAGGGUUGCGCAUUACGAAGGUUGAGAGUUAGAGCCUUCACUUGUCUUCUCAUAUUGUUCUUGCCGAUGUGUAGUUUACAUCUCCCCUUAUGUAUCUUUACAGAAUACAAGUGUUGUUCUUCCAACUUGAAGACUGUUUCGAGGGGCAUCGAGGGGUUAGCGCGGUCCCACGUGU